AUGGAAGUGGUACUAAAAUGGACAAAAGAAUCAACCAAUAUUGCCACACCUCAACAACGGAGUGGAAAUCUGACAGAAACCGCCUUGGAGGUUUCUAAAAAUAACCUCACUCCUUCGACUUCAGUUUCUUCACACGCUCUUGUGAGGGGUUUUUCAAUACUCUUGGAUAUUCAAUAUCCAUUCAAAAGGCCUAUGGGCGCUCUGAGAUAUAUAGAAAGUCCAACCCGUCAAAAUAUUCAACGGGUUGUGGCGCAGGUUUUGUCUAUAAGUGAGAUCCCGGGUAACCCAAUCUGGCCCAUGAAAUCUCUGAGCGUUCGGAAAGGGAACACUGUGUAUGAUGUCCUGGGCUACCCACAGGAUGACAUCGGGAGCUUACUCGAGGAUGUUCUUGAGUCCGAAAAGCUCAUCAAGAUUGAGUGUGUUUAUUAG